ACUAGACUUUUUUCUCGCUUCACUUCGAUACUUCACGAAUAUUUCUACAAAACUCGAAGUUGCGAGAACUCGGCCUCAAGUUGAUUUUUAUAACUUCCCCACGUCCGGCCUACCAGUAUCUGUGCUUCGGGGAUCUGUAUUUAGAUUCACCCGGGCGUGCGCUCGAUGCUCCUAUUGUUUUGUCACUACACUACCGCGCUCGGUCAGCCAACGUCAAGUCUCGGUUACUUGCGCAAUCCAAGUACAUAACUUUACAGCUCCAUAUCAACCAAAAAUCUGGAAGAAACGCUUUUACCAGCUUUACUCACGACUUGGUGCUCUUAGAUUUGUCAAAGACGUACAACAAUGGUCCUGGCUGACUCAAAGAAUAGAAUGUCGUUGGAUGUCAUCGGCCAACUCCAAGAGGUGGUUGAGGCCCAGCCUUGGAACUAUUCUCUGUGGUCCAAGUUGAUCGAUCAAGUUGUGGCGAAAGAUAAGGAGGAGCAAGUUCGUGCCACCUUCGAUAAAUAUUUGUCUAUAUUCAAAUUUGACGCCAAGCAAUGGUCAAACUACAUCAACUUCGAGCUAAACAGAGGCGAUUUUUCCAAAGUGGAAAAGCUAUUUGCUCGCUGUCUCCCAAUCACAACGGAUGUCGACAUCUGUCGGACUUACGUGCUGUAUGUGCGUCGAGUGAACGAUGUCAUCACUGGCGGCGAAAAGGCCAGAAGCACCGUUGUUCUGUCUUUUGACUUUGCUGUCAACAAAGUGGGUGUUGAUCUCGAAAGUUAUGAUUUAUGGAAGGAUUAUUUGGAAUUCUUCAAAAGCUGGACACCGAGCUCCAGUUGGGAACAGCAGCAGAAGAAUGACUUGAUACGAAAACUAUAUAGAAGAUGUCUCGUGAUUCCGACAUCAAAAAUUGAGACCAUAUGGUCCGAAUACACCAAGUGGGAAAAUGACGUAUCGACACCUAAUUCUGCUAGUAAGUUCAUUGCUGAUCUUUCGACUUCGUACAUGGAAGCAAGAUCUUGGAACACUGAGUGGCACAAUGUUACAAAGAACUCUCUCCGCAGAAAGCUUAUCCCCAGCUCGCCCACGACUGAUACUGCCAACAUUAUUGAGGACCAAAUUAGCUUGUGGUACCUGUGGAUUGAUUUGGAGAAGAAAAAUAGCUUGAAAUUGCAGCCGGAAAAUCUACAAACCAGAAUAGAAUACGUAUUCAAACGCGCCACUUCCUUGCUUCCUUUUGUUCCCGAGUUAUGGUUUCGAAACGUUCAAUUCCUUUUACAACUGAAUGAGGAUGCAAAUCGUGACACUUGCAUAGAGCUACUAAAUGACUCUUUGAUUCUUAACCCGGAGAGUUAUUUAUUGACAUUUCAACUAGCUGAGCUCCUUGAGAGAGAAAAUGCCUUUAGCAAGGCCCAGCAGCUGUAUGAAAACUUGAUCAAAAGACUCUCGGACAAACAUGCUUUAGUCCAGGAAGAAAUUGACAAUAUUAAAAGAAAAUCAUCGACUAAAAAAGGUUCUAAACCGGCUGCCAAGGAAUUUUCUGAGGCUAAACCUGCCAGUGAUGAUGAAGAAGAAGAAGAAUACCAGCCCGUUAUUCAGUACAAGGAGGCCGAUGCGCUCGCCAUACUUAAAUUGGAGGACAAGUUACAAGAAUUGAGCAAUUCGGUGACUCUAGUUUAUGUAAAAUUAAUGGGCUUGUGUAAGAGAUCGCAGGGAAUCAAAGAGGUGCGGUCGGUGUUCAAACAACGUAAAAACUUUAAAUCCAUGGGAUAUGAGCUUUAUGUUGAAAACGCACUUAUUGAGUUCUACUCGGACAAUAAAAAGACGGCAGACAAAAUCUUUGACUUGGCAAUGAAAAGUUUUGGUCAAAACGGUGCUUUCUUAUACCGCUACUUGGAUUAUUUGAUCCUCACAAAUGGUAUAGAAAGCUUGAAGGUAUUUUUCGAAGUUGCAGUGACAAAUCUUCUCAAAAAAAUUGAAAACGAUAAAGAGGCUUUACAGGUGGCGACUAUCAACAUAUUGGAUCAAAGAAACAAACUGCAGACCCUCAAAGAAAAUGAGCAUUUCAUGAAAAAGAUCAUCAGGAGAUAUAUCGACUUUGCGGCCAGGUUUUUGGAGUUGAACACUGUCCUAAACCUCGAAAAGCGCUUCAUUCAGUAUUUCCCCGAAAGCGAUCAAAUGGCUUUAUUUGCCGAUAGAUACAAGAUGGAACAGCUUGACGUCGUUGCCAGAUAUGAUUUGGGCGAUAAAAAUGCAUUCACCUCCAACACGGGAAAUGAUGAGGAGGGUGACACGGAGGAAAUGCAACCAAACAAACGCAGAAAGACAAAAUCUCGGGACAACUAUUCGCCAGAGUCUGCGGGAUCUGGCAAGGCUUCCACACAUAUAAAUAGACUGCUGGCAUCUUCACAGCGCAAUGGGCAAGCGCCACAUCUGCAUGGAUUCGUCGGAAAUCAAAUUUAUGGCUUGCUUCAACACUUGCCUAAUGCUGGGUACUUUGGGCCACCCCCGGAACAUGUGUUUGAUAGUGGAAAGCUCGUUCAAUUAUUUGCAAAUGUUGAGCUUCCUGGCGAGGAAUAAGAGUUGGAAGUCUAGAAUACUUCUAGAUGAUAUGGAGUCGUCAGUGUUUAUAUUUACAAUUGAUACGUCUUUAUAGUACGCUAAACCGACAAGCCCUGAUACACAAUACUUGUAUUAAAAACUGCGAGUGUCCUCUGCAAAAAAGUUGAAUGUCUCUUCAAACGAUGGUUUGAAUGCCCAGUUGUUAUACACAUCGUGAAUCUUGAUGACAUCUU